GCGCGGCGGCACGGGGACCCGCCGGAAGAAGCAGCGGCGGCGGCAGCAGCUUCAUCGCGAGCCGGACGCACACCGACACCGGCGGCACGAGCGGCACCGAGGCGGCCAGCGGGGCGGAGAGCAGGAGGAGCAGGAGGAGGAGGAGGAGGAGGAGGAGGCACCUGCGCCGCCACUCGUUCUCCCUCGCCGCCUCCGUCGUCUCUCCCUCUCUGUCGUCGCUCUCCUCACCCCCUCGCUCCUCUCGGACCGCUUCCUCGUUAAGAUGGCUGACCCCAACAGCGACGGAGAGGUACCGGAGAGCGCGCGCGGCAUUGCCCGCCAGGGAGCCCUCCGACAGAAGAACGUGCACGAGGUGAAGGACCACAAGUUCAUCGCGCGCUUCUUCAAGCAGCCCACCUUCUGCAGCCACUGCACGGACUUCAUCUGGGGCUUUGGGAAGCAGGGAUUCCAGUGCCAAGUGUGCUGUUUUGUGGUCCAUAAGCGCUGUCAUGAAUUUGUUACCUUUUCCUGUCCGGGGGCCGACAAAGGACCAGCCUCCGACGAUCCUCGCAGUAAACACAAGUUCAAGGUCCACACUUACUCCAGCCCCACCUUCUGCGACCACUGCGGCUCCCUCCUCUACGGGCUGAUACACCAGGGCAUGAAGUGUGACCACUGUAUGAUGAACAUCCACAAACGAUGUGUGGCCAACGUCCCGAACCUGUGUGGGACGGAUCACACGGAGCGGAGAGGACGCAUCUACAUCUCUGCCCAAAUCGUCGAGGACGUCCUCACCGUCACCAUCAAGGAGGCGAGGAACCUGGUGCCCAUGGACCCAAACGGCCUGUCAGACCCUUACGUCAAGCUCAAACUGAUCCCAGACCCCAAGAGCGAGAGCAAGCAGAAGACCAAGACCAUCAAAUGCUGCCUGAACCCCACCUGGAACGAGACUUUCACGUUCCACCUCAAAGAAAGUGACAAGGACCGCCGUCUGUCAGUGGAGAUCUGGGACUGGGACCUGACCAGCAGGAACGACUUCAUGGGAUCGCUUUCGUUCGGGAUCUCAGAGCUCCAGAAACAAGGGAUCGACGGAUGGUUUAAGCUUUUGUCCCAAGAGGAAGGAGAAUACUUCAACGUUCCCGUCCAGCCAGAGGGGGAGGACGGCAACGAGGAGCUACGGCAAAAGUUUGAGGUGAGAUUCUCUGAAGGUUUGAUUUGCGUUCCUGGUUGUUCAUUGAUCCCCCAUCAUCUCUUCCUCUUCUUUGGAAUUUGUCUUCAGAGAGCGAGAGUGGGUCCGGGGAAGCCAACAGACUCUUCCUCCUCUUCCUCUGUUUGCAAAUACGACAGCAACGGCAAUCAGGACCGCGUCAAGCUCUCAGACUUCAACUUCAUCAUGGUUCUGGGAAAAGGCAGCUUUGGCAAGGUGAUGCUGGCCGAGAGGAAAGGCACGGACGAGCUGUACGCCAUUAAGAUCCUGAAAAAAGACGUGGUGAUCCAAGACGACGACGUGGAGUGCACCAUGGUGGAGAAGAGAGUCCUCGCUCUGUCUGGAAAACCGCCUUUCCUCACUCAGCUGCACUCGUGUUUCCAAACCAUGGAUCGGCUGUAUUUUGUUAUGGAGUACAUCAACGGAGGAGAUCUCAUGUACCAAAUCCAGCAGGUCGGCAAGUUCAAGGAACCUCAUGCUGUGUUUUAUGCGGCAGAAAUAGCCAUCGGCCUCUUCUUCCUUCACUCCAAAGGCAUCGUGUAUCGAGACCUGAAACUGGACAACGUGAUGCUGGACUCCGAAGGCCACAUAAAGAUCGCCGACUUCGGCAUGUGCAAAGAAAACAUGUACGACGGAAUCACCACAAAGACGUUUUGUGGAACACCAGACUACAUCGCUCCAGAGAUCAUAGCCUAUCAGCCGUACGGGAAGUCUGUGGACUGGUGGGCCUUCGGAGUGCUCCUCUAUGAAAUGCUAGCUGGACAGCCGCCUUUCGACGGCGAGGACGAAGACGAGCUGUUCCAGUCCAUCAUGGAGCAUCAUGUCUCCUACCCCAAAUCCAUGUCCAAAGAAGCCGUCGCUAUCUGCAAGGGGCUGAUGACCAAACACCCAGGUAAGCGUCUGGGCUGCGGUCCGGAGGGGGAGCGGGACAUCAAGGAGCACGCCUUCUUCCGCUAUAUAGACUGGGAAAAGCUGGAAAACAAAGAGGUCCAGCCGCCUUUUAAACCGAAAGCUUGUGGGCGUGACGCAGAGAACUUUGAUCGCUUUUUCACGCGCCACCCCCCCGAGCUGACCCCCCCAGAUCAGGAGCUUAUAUCCAACCUGGACCAGGAAGAGUUCCAAGGCUUCUCAUUUGUUAACCCGGAGUACACACACACAACUCACUGACCACGCCACAUAUCACCGGGCUGCAUUAAUCCCCCUCCCCAAACCACCCCCACCAAACGCUUCACACACUCUACUGGGUAAAAAAAAAACAAAAAAAAAAACCAGUUAAUCACAACGUCCAGGCUGCAUUCAGCAGGGGGGAAACAUUAAAACGUUACACAGGAAGCCGGACAUUUUGGGAAGUUUUGGCGUUCUUCUGAGGUAAGACGAGAAGAAUGAUAUCAGUCUAGUGGGUGUGUGUUUAGCUUAGCUUAGCCUAGCUUAGCACAAUGCCUGCAGGACUUCAUAAACAGCGAGCUGAGUUUACACAAAGCUUAAAAAAACAUGCUGAUUGCAAGAAACGCUGUCAGUUUUAUUAGAAAACGGCUAAUUUGUUCACGUGUUUCGCUUAUAUCUCACUCAUCUACUCGUAUGGUUCAUAUGAUUCGUUUAACUCUGUUUCAUCACAUCCAUUGCUUGGAUUCAGAAGUGUCUGUAAAUGAUGUUAUAUAUUCUAUGUAGAAAUCACACUAAACUGAGUUCACGUCAACUGACAGCUGCAGAGUUCUGCUCCACUCGGCGGAUUUUCACGAGUUUCUUUAAUCUGUACGUGCGCUGGAAAGGUUUUCCCUCAAAGUCAGCGGCUUAGUCGAAUAACUCAACCUCCCAUGAUGCCUUUGGGGUAAUGUUAAAAUGGGAACGCAGACAGGUGCACUCAGGCAAGGCAAUAAGUGUCGACGUGCCAGUGAGGGGGGGCGGGGCUGGAUUUGAUUUCCCAGCAGUGUUUUCAGUUUUCGGUAGUUUGGCCCAUAAUGCCUCGCUGCCGGCUGCGUUUCCAGUAGAUGUUCCUCGCUGCUGAAUGCUGCCCGGCCGCUCAGACCGGCAGGUCGACGCUCCCCUCCCCCCAGUAGCCACAUAUUGACAAUGGCGACCUGUCAGUGACAUUAAUGAGUGUACUAUGAUCACAUGUCGGUGAUUCAAACAGUGUAAGUGAAAACUGACCAUCUGCUUUGCUAUGAUCCUUGGAGUACUAAUCAGUUUCCUGACGUUGAUUUUACGUUUGUCGAUAGGACCAAAUGCUUAAACACUUUAUGUUCAGUCAGUGUUGUGGUGAGCUUACCUGCACUUUUGUUUUUUGUUUUUUUUUUUGUUUUUUUGGAUUAAUAUGAGAGGAUAGAAAUCUUUAUACAAUCUAGACGGUACGUCUGCGUCAGGUCAGCGACUUUUUUGACUGAACGCUCGUUGCUCCUCGUUCAUUUCUGAAAACGUUACACUGUGUUCUCAAGAAGAAAAAGACAUAUCCCGUCACCUGUAAACAACCAUUAUCGGAGAGCUUCACACACCGCCAGGUCGUUCAGGGUUCUAGUGGAGCGAACAGUUUGCUGGUUACGCAGGCAGGAUGUUCAAAAGUGCCAAAACAAGGUUCAGAAUCACGAGGAUCUGAAGAUCCUCAGCAGCUGUGACGAAGGGCAGCCAUCUUGUGCCAUUUUUUUCAGUACAUGUGUAAUAACUAUGAAAUGCGUCGAUACCUACGAUACAGAAACCCUUGAGUCAUUUUCAUGUGUAAAAACAAUUGUCUGAGUUGUAUUAUACUUUUGUAACUGUGUAACAAAGCAGGGUAGUAACAAUGUGUCAAAUCUUGUUCUUUGAGCUCGUAUCAAAAAAAAAAAAAAAGCGAGAGGGCAGCGAGGAGACACCGGACAUCAGUUU